GCCCGAGUAGAUCUUGUUCCUCAUUUAAGCAAAAAGUAUAAAUAUAAGAAAAAGUUGAAUAAUAAUUUUAAAAGUAAUAAAAUUAAUUAUUUUGAAAACAUGUUAGAAUAUUUGUAAACAUUCUGCUCAGUAAACGCCGAAAAGAAAAGAAAAAUUCGUGAAUUGGAUUGAAAGAAAGGAAAAGAGUUUUUGUGUCGGAAAGGAAUUAACUUUAACUUAUUAUUGUGACAUCGACAUUUCACAACAUAUAUGUGGAUAUAUCUAUGAAGUGGAUCUAUUUGUAAAUUUAUGUUGUUCUUGUGUGUAAAUUUGAUCAUUUAUUUGGAGUGUGACUUGUGGUCGUUGUAAGAAGAUAUCCACAAGCAUAUUUUUCAAUUUCCGUCCGAGUACAACGUUUGCUGAUUGACACAAUUAAAAGGAGCACAAUCAGCAUAAUUUAAUACUGUAUAGGAGUGAAUUUUUAAUUAUACCGCCGGUAUUUCACAAGAAAUUGUAAAUUAUUGGUCAUUUCUAAUAAAAAUAAGUAGUGAAUUGUUGAUGCUAUGACACUGCCUGAAAGUCAAGUUACAUAUUCUGAUCCAAAAUGGCAUUUGAAUUUCCUCAACAUGUCAAAGCUGAAACAUGAAAAUUUUCCAUCGACUGUAUUAGUUCCUACAUCAUAUGAAGAGACGCUCAAGCCAUCGUCAUCAGCAUCCAUUAUCAUUCCAACAUCAGUCCUAGAGAGGGAUGUCGACAAGUACAAUCAGAAUAAUAACAACAACAACAACAAUAGUAUCAGUAAUCUAUCAAUUGGCAACAAUACAUCCACAAAUACAGCAUUAAAAAUUGAGGAGGUAUCAAAUGAAACAAGUAAUUUAAUGAUUGAAGAUCGUCAGAAUUCAACGACAAAUACGACGUCAACAGUUGCUGCAAGUACCAGCUCAUCCGCUGCAUCAACGACAAAUUCUGAGAGAAGUGGGAAUAGUAAACCUCCUUACAGCUAUGUCGCCUUGAUAGCUAUGGCGAUCGCUAACUCACCGAGCAAGCGUGCGACACUAAGUGAGAUCUACAAUUACAUUACUCAACGAUUUCCUUAUUUUGAGAAAAAUAAGAAAGGCUGGCAGAACUCGAUACGACAUAAUUUGAGUUUAAAUGAGUGCUUCAUAAAAAUUCCUAGAGAAGGUGGCGGUGAACGAAAGGGAAAUUACUGGACUCUAGAUCCACAGUAUGAUGACAUGUUUGAAAAUGGAAAUUACCGACGGCGUAGACGAAUGAAGCGUCCUUACAGAACAGGAUCACAUUUCCAGAAGAUGUUUAGUGAGACGUAUGGAAACUUUGGUCAUCGAGGAGUCUUUCCACAACCUUAUCAAGCAUAUCCUCCUCGUUAUGAAACAGCCCAUUGGAUUCCAGGCUCUCAACAUUUAGCAUACAACACAUGUGCAUCUCGGUCGAGUUAUUCGUAUUCUGCACCACUUCAACAACCUGCACAGACAGUUUCAUUAAUUAAUAAUUCUUAUAGUGGUUUUUCUAAUAGUAUUAGUGAUUACUAUUUCCCACCAGUUCCACAAAGUACAACAUCUCCGUCGCUGUCAUGCUCAAAUCCACAGCGUCGUUUUGAACCCACACAGAGUUUGUACAAUUGGGAGUCUACAAGUAUGUCCAUUCAUAAGUUUAAAUGCUCUUAAAAUGCCUUUAUGCUCACGUUUUAUAUUACAGUGUCUCUUCAGCAGCUAGUUAAGGAAGAAUCGAAUGUGUUAUCGUCUCCAACUUCCAUUCAGAAUGUCUCAUCGACGCAUCAGAACUACCAAAAAUAUGUGCCUCAAACAUAAGCUCCAUCUAAUUUUUAAAGUUAAAGGGAAAUGCUAAUGAAAAGACGUUCUAAUUAAUGUAUUUAAUUGUUUAGUCUAACGAUUUGUGCAUACAUACUUUUGUAUUGUAAUUAAAUUUAAUUAAUUCUUGUAGAUCUGGUUAGGGGCUGUUCACUUAUUACGUAACGCGAAAAAAUGACUUCUUAGACCCCCC